AUGUGGAAGUGGUGGCAGUUCUAUUGCGUUUUGCUGCAUAUAUCCGUGAUGGCAUCGGAUAGAAAGACCGCUCUUGAUACGCCCUUUAACAUCAUGCUCCUCCGUGUCUUUCGAAAUUGGACUUUCGAUGCUUUCGGUAGAACAGGAAUAGAGGAAAGGUAUUUGCGAGCAGCAAGAGACGCAAACAAAGUGCAAAAAAUUAUUCCCGACAAUGUUCCGUUCCCUUGUAAUGUAACAGGUGGUCGAUCGUCAAAAGUGCCAAAGUCGGUGCAUAAACUAAGACCGGGUGAUAUCGAUGUCAUUGCCGCGAUGGGCGAUUCUCUUACGGCUGGAGCUGGAAUCUUUGCAAGCAGUCUGCUCCAGGUUGCCAUAGAAAAUAGAGGAGUUACUGCGGCUGGCGGAGGCCAAGGCACGUGGAGACAAUAUCUAACUGUUCCCAAUAUCAUUAAAGAAUUCAACCCCAAUUUGAUAGGAUAUGCAUUGGGAGACUCUUUGACGAUUCACAAGGCAUCGCAAUUGAAUGUUGCCGAAAUCGGUGCUGAGUCCGGGGAUAUAGCUUACAUGGCGGAGAUAUUAGUCAAAAGAAUUAAAAACGAUCCGAGGAUAGAUGUGCAGAAACAUUGGAAGUUCAUCUCGCUGAUGAUCGGAUCCAAUGACUUUUGCAGUGAAUUGUGUUGGAUUCCAUCGCCGUGGUCAAUUCUUGAAACACAUAAAACUGAUCUACUCCAAGCUUUGCGAACGUUAAGAGAUAAUUUGCCGCGAACCUUCGUGGCAUUGAUUCCGCCACCACAUUUAAAGGCUUUAGUCGAGACACGUGAAGGAAGACCAUCGCUUAAUUGUUUCAUCACAACGGACGUCGAGUGUUCUUGCAUGUUUGGUCUGGCAUUUCGGCGUUUUAGAUCUAUGUAUUACGACAUUAUGCGACAGUGGCAGAAGCUAGAUAUGGAAAUCGCUACUUAUCCAGAAUUCCAAAAAGAUGACUUUACAGUCGUAGCUCAGCCUAUCCUGGUGAAUUUAAAAAUUCCACUUGCUUCAGAUGGGUACUCCGAUAUGACAUAUUUAAGUAGCGAUUGUUUUCACGUUAGUCAAAAGACCAACGCUCUUUAUGCAAACGGUUUAUGGAACAACUUGUUGGAACCGGUAGGUGCCAAAUCGACGAAAUGGAGCAAUUAUGAAUUUCGCUGCCCGACGCCGAAGAGGCCUUAUCUUGCUACAAUGUUAAAUUCAAAGCUACAAAGUGUUUCUACUGCCGCUGCGAUUCGAACGAGAAAUAUUGGCGCUUAAGAGAAAGUAUCGAUAGCGUUAUUAGGUCAUCAAUCAUAGUCACAAUGUCGCAAUCUUUGAACAGAAUCGCAGUGCCAAUUAUUUAAGCGUAGACAAGAUGCCAUGAUGUAUUCAUUAACUCUUUAAAGUACAAAAAUGGAAUACGGAUAGAAAAUUAUUUCGUAUUAUGCCGAUUAUUCCAAUAUUAUAAAGGAUUAAAUAAUGUCAAUCUGUGAAAUACUUUAUUAUCUGCCAUUUCUUGUAGAUUUAAUAUAUAAAAUGUAUUCAAUUUAACUGUAUUUAAUAUCUUUAUGAUUAUAUUGUAAACAAGAGGUAUGUGUGAAUGAUGCGCCUUUAAUCUUUAAUAUUAUUUCUGAAAAAUAGCUCAAAGAGAAUUUUUCAACAAAUAUUUAAACAAGUUUUUCUCUCUCUCUCUCUCUCUCUCUCUCUCUGUCUCUCUCUCUCUCUUUCUCUUCCUACAUAUACGUAUAUGAUACGACACUGUAAACGAGUUUGAGAAGCAAAGUUUUAUCGUAACAUCGGCUGUAGUCUCUUACUCACUCUUGCUCACGUACCUCGUCUACCGCCUAGGAAUACGAAAGAAUGCAGGGGAACCGUAAAUAUGUUCAUCGCAAAAGUGGGGGGAGGAUCACAUCGAUGGGCAUAGGAGCGAGUCUUUCUUCGACACGCUUCAUUCAUGUUUAGUAGUGUCAUCCGGUAGUACCGGCGAAGAGAAUCGGCGGAGCCUCUUUCCCGUAAUUGACAAAUCGCGAAGAUUUUUAUUUUUUAUAAUUCGAAAGCAGCGUGAUUUAUUACAAAUUCGGCGCGACAGUUUGGUGCUUAAAUAAUUGAUUUAUCGUUUCCUGUGUGAAUAAUGACACGGAUAGUUUCUACGUGAAAGGAGAGAAAUGUUAAUUAUUGAACGUCUCGUGCCCUGGAAGGGUCAAUUUUAGACACGAAAAUUAUAUUCAGUGAACAAAAAAUAUAUAAUUAAGAUGGAAGAUAACAAGAGUUACACGGCGUUUGAUUGAUCUCGUGACUGUAAUGAUGCGGAAUAAGAAAUCAUCGGAAAGCAAGGUAUACUUAUAUAUGUAUGUGUUCAUAUAUUUAAUGUAUCCACUGCGUAAAUUACAAUAUUGUACAUUGUAUAUUGUAUAUGCCGUAUAUGAUAAUUUACAGUAUUGUAAAGUUAAUAAGUUGAGUUUGUGCAAAAUAUACUUAUUAAAAACAUA